AUGCAGAAAAUGGAUCUAUUACGGCGGUAUGCUUCAGCAGUUAUGAUCAGAUACGGCUGUACAAUCAAUAUCCCGAAGUCGUGUGUAUUGAUUCUACUUAUAAAACUAAUAAUAAAAAGUGAAUAUGAUUUUCGUUUUGUUCUACUAUGUAGGUAUUCAUUAUUCCAGUUAG